AUGAAUCACGGAGAAGAAUUACCGCCUCAGAAGAGACGACGUCUUUCUCCGCCUCCUGUAAAUGGGAAUGGCCGUCCUGCAGAGUUUCUUCCUGCGCCGCCACCACGUCUUGAACCCAGCUUCAUCGGCUAUGAUCCCUUCGAUGACUUCACGAAGCAAGUCGCAGAUUGGAUUGCAGACAUGAUUAGGGGAAAGGAAGACGUUGAGGUUGAAGGAAAGAUCGGCAUUGUAUUCGAUGAGUUAUUAAAUAGGCGAAUCGACCUGCCUGUACUAUCUGAGACUAUAAUAUCUCCCUCUGUCAAGGAUCGCCGGUUUCAGAGCACGAUGACAGUAAAUCAACACAGACACUACAAUGACUUGCUCAACAAACGCGUAGAACUAUCCGCCACCGCUCCCCCUUCAAUGUUUAUGAAGUUUGCGCAUACGCGGGGUAUAGACUCAUUCUACAAGGUUCCGGAUGAUGAGGGCAAGGUUCGAGUGCGCGUUAGCAGGGACGAAAAGACGGGAGACAUCACAGAGAGUGUGAAAAAGACGAGACUAGGGGAUAUGGACGUCUUGUGUCCACGAUGGGCCUUCGAUUACCGGAUCAGCGUCAACAAGGAACUGCCUAGUGAUCCACCAGCACAGGAAGUUCGCCCGGAGAGGCUUCGAAGAAAGGACCGUGUUUCCUACACGCAUCAAGCCUAUCGAAUCGACCUGACUCAAGUUUACCCCCAUCCGGCUCCGGCAAAAGGCGAAGCGGGCAUAACGCACGAGCUUGAGGUCGAGUUCCUGAACUCUGCUGUGCUAGUGCGAGAGUGUGCGAAGCGGGACAAGGGCGAGCCGAGCAUGUUCGACGAGAUGAUCCAGGUGUUUUUGAACAAUAUCAGGAUACUCAUCCGGAGUGCUGUACCGCCGGAGUAGGAAGUCCCGCCACAGUAGGAAGUGAGGGGGAGUUCAUAGUUCAUACCAUUUGGUAUCAUCAUAGUGCGUGAAAAUACAGAGGCGAAGGAAUGUGUAAUGCUUAUGCUAGACAUGCAGACACUAAUAGGGAGUUAAGAUCGC